AUGGGAACUCAUUCGACUCGCAUAGAAACAAUCGCCGGCACGGCAGCGGGGAUCGUCACCCCGAUCUGCCUGCACCCCUUAGAUUUGGUCAAGACUCGUCUUCAAGUGAGAUCCAACGCCCCACCAACAUGGGGAGACUCGACGCGACUGAUCCGCGACAUCCUGCAUGAGGGCGGAGGCCGUGCCCUAUAUCGCGGACUGUCCCCAAAUCUCAUCGGCAAUGUGACAGGGCUGGGACUGUACUUUUUGCUGUACAGCUCAUUCAACCAGAUGCUAUUAGCAACUUCAAGGAUCAAAAGAGAUGGAAAAGGGCGCCUGAAUAUGUACGAAUACUUUCUCACCUCUGGAGCUGCGGGUGCUAUCACCACAAUACUCACCAAUCCGAUCUGGGUAAUCAAAACCCGAAUGCUUACAACCUCCGCUCACGCAAGCAGCAUCUCCGUUCCUAACGAUCGCUACGCAUAUCCAAGCUUCUUUAUCGGGAUGAAAACCAUCUAUCGUACCGAAGGUCUGGGAGGUUUCUACCGCGGCCUUGUGCCAGGGAUGUUCGGGGUUUUCCAUGGCGCAUUCCAGUUCAUGGCCUACGAGAAGAUGAAAUUCUGGCUCGGUGCUCGGAAGGCAUCUUCGGGCAGUCUGUUACAUGCUCCCAGUAGUGCAGGUAUCAGCGGUGGGAGUGCACAGCCCGCAUCGCUCAAUAUGCUCGACAUUGCAAUCUCUUCCGGGCUAUCCCGGAUAUUUGCCAACGUGUUGACGUACCCACAUCAGGUGUUGCGGUCUCGCAUGCAAGCUGCAACAAACCAGACGGACAUUCCUCGACGUCUUGUUCCGAUCAUACGGUCGAUGUGGAGGGAGAAUGGGAUCGCGGCGUUUUAUAGGGGAUUGGGGCCCGGUUUAUUUCGUAUUUUGCCGGGUACGUGGCUGACGUUCAUGACUUAUGAGAAAGUGAAGACAUUUCUGGGGGACCAGAGGAUGGUUUAG